AUGAGUAUUUCUUUAGAUGGGAAAAUUUUGGAGGGAACAAUUCCAAAGUGCAUCGGAAACUUGAGUUCUUCUCUCACAGCAGUUGAUCUAAGGAAUAAUAAUUUUCAUGGUCAAAUACCAGAAAAUUUUGCUAAAGGUUGCAUGUUGAGAAGUUUACGCAUCAACAACAAUGAAUUAGAAGGGUCACUACCACGAUCUUUGGGUAAUUGCAAAGCUUUAAAUCUUCUCAAUGUUGGAAACAACAAUUUGAAUGACACUUUCCCAAGUUGGUUAGGAAAUUUGGAUCAGCUGCAAGUUCUUAUCUUGAGAUCGAAUAGACUUUACGGCCAAAUAGAGAGCUUUGAUACUACAGUUUCUUUAACUAAAUUGCGAAUCAUUGAUCUUUCUCACAAUAAUUUUAGUGGCUACUUACCUACCCUUUUUUUUGAGCAUAUGCAUGCCAUUAGAGAUGAGUAUGGAAAGAAAGUUGAACCAAAUUACAUGAGAGAAGUAAAGAUCACGAAAGAUGCAAUUGGUUCAUUUUGGGUGGAUUAUGCUUCUGGUUUAUCUGUUACAGCAAAAGGGCUGGAAAUACAGUUUGAAUCACUAUUAUCCAUUUGGACGGUUAUUGACCUUUCUAGUAACCAAUUCAGGGGAGAAAUUCCAAAAAUACUUGGUGAGCUUCAUUUACUUAUUGUCCUAAAUCUCUCCCAUAACUGUUUAAUAGGUCCUAUCCCAUCAUCUUUAGGUAAUUUGUCAGAGCUUGAAUCAUUAGAUCUCUCAUCAAAUAAGCUGGAAGGAAGAAUUCCAACAGAGUUAAAAAAUCUUGGAUUCUUAGAGGUGUUAAACCUUUCUCAAAAUAAUCUGAAGGGACCCGUUCCUCAAGGCAAACAAUUUGAUACUUUCACUAACGAUUCCUACAUGGGAAAUUUGGAUUUAUGUGGUUUGCCAUUAUCAAAAAACUGUGGUACUGAUGAGGAAACUCCAGCCAAAUUUGAUAGAGAUGAUGAUGGUGAUGAAUUGAAUUGGAAAUUUUCAAUAUUGAUGGGGUAUGGAUGUGGGUUGGUGCUGGGAAUGAGCAUGGCAUACAUUGUAUUCACGACAGGAAAACCAUGGUGGUUGAUUAGGAUCGUGGAGCGAGCCCGACAAAGAUUUGCAAAAAGGUAG